AUCCCCCCCUCCCCUCCCCUUGCGCCUCUCUCAUUGCACGCCGGUAAUUUUGGUCACGUUUCCAAUCCCCUCAUCAUUAUUUAUUUCCUUCUUAUUUCGACCUCUGGCACGUUUAUCAAAUCAGCUUUACAACAUUAAACGACACUAACACAACCCUGUCCUGAUUAACCGGGGGUCGUCGACUGCCUCAUCCAUGUAUUGGAGUCCUGGGCCCCAGCGCACCGGCUCCGGCUUCAGCCAUGUCGGAACAGAGCGCAGCGGCUGGCCGCGGCGGCGGUGACAGAGCGGGAAGCGAACCGGCAGAUGACGUGCUGGUUAAGCAUGAAUCGAGCGAUUCUCUCCCCAGUUUGAUGACCCCAUCCUUAACAUCUAGUAUGUCCUUUAGCAUGGACAUGCCAAGGAAGCGCAAGGGAAGCACUGACAACCAGGAUUCAAAAUUGGCUUUAAUUAAUGAUGCUGAUAUGGAAGACGACCAAAACGGGUCCGACGGGGAGGACCAACAUGUCAAAAUUAAAUGCUACAGGGAACCACACAGCCAAAUAGAGAAGAGGAGACGAGAUAAGAUGAACAAUCUGAUCGACAAGCUUUCAGCCAUGAUCCCUACAUGUAACCCUAUGUCCCGAAAACUGGACAAACUCACGGUGCUCAGAAUGGCAGUGCAGCACCUGAAAUCCCUCAAAGGUUCAGCUAGCUCCUUUUCUGAAGUGAGCUACAAACCGUCCUUCCUUCCUGAUGAUGAGCUUAAACACCUUGUCCUCAAGGCUGCAGAUGGGUUCCUGUUUGUAGUGGGCUGUGAUCGUGGGAAAAUAGUUUUUGUCUCAGAGUCCGUCACAAAGAUAUUAAAUUAUAGUCGGAUUAACACACCAUCUGGUGUGCUCCUGGAGCAACAGUCCUCAACGGAGUUGAUCGGACAGAGCCUGUUUGACUACAUACACCCCAAAGACAUGGGAAAAGUGAAGGAGCAACUGUCAGCCUCUGAAUCACAUCCUCGAGAACGGCUAAUCGAUGCUAAAACUGGUCUGCAGGUUCAGGCUGACCUUCCCAUCGGUGCGUCACGGUUGUGUUCAGGAGCUCGGCGCUCUUUCUUUUGCCGUAUGAAGUACAACAAAAUACCUGUGAAAGAAGAAAAGGAAACCCAGGCCAAUACCUCUAAAAAGAAAGAGUCACAGAAGUAUUGCACCGUCCACUGCACCGGCUACAUGCGCAGCUGGCCAACUAGUCAGGUGGGAGCCGAGGGGGAAGGCGAAGCAGACAAGCAGGACAGCUCCUAUUUUAGCUGCCUGGUGGCGGUAGGACGCGUCCAUUCGCACUCGGCUCCGCAAAUUAACGGAGAAAUCCGAGUUAAACCCACAGAGUUUGUUACACGCUACGCCAUGGAUGGAAAAUUCACCUUUGUUGAUCAAAGAGCAACUACCAUUCUAGGUUAUCUUCCCCAAGAGUUGCUUGGAACGUCUUGCUACGAGUAUUUCCAUCAGGAUGAUUUAUUACAUUUAGCUGACAGACAUCGAAAAGUCCUGAGGAGUCGAGAGAAAAUAGAGACAAACUCCUAUAAAUUCAAAACGAAGUAUGGUUCUUUUGUCACUCUGCAAAGUCAGUGGUUUAGUUUUGUUAACCCCUGGAACAAAGAGGUUGAAUACAUAGUGUCAACCAACACAGUCAUUUCGUAUGACAACAGCCGAACGGGUCGAUCAGGACACAAGUCGGAACAGUCGGGCAAUUCCAAGGCUUCAGAAGACUGCAAGAAGUCCCUUCCAGUCAUACCAGGCAUCUCCUCUGCAUCUGGAACCAUGAUAUACGCUGGAAGUAUUGGGACACAGAUUGCCAACGAGCUACUGGAUUUUAACAAGAUGAAUUCAUCACCUUCCAGUGGGAACGUCAGUCCGUUCAGUCUUGUUCAGGAUAAAUCGCCCCAGACUCUCAAUCAGAUCAACAGUGUGCCAAAUGGAGAAACUUCUGACAUGGAGAUUCCUGGAAAGUCGAGCUCGGAGGGUGAGCCUCAAGGGGCUUCGUUCUCAGGAGGAGACUCUCUUAUGGGGGAGAGUUCCCAGCUGGAUUUGGACAGUGUUGUUGGAGCCAGCCUGAACAGUCUGAGCAACGACGAAGCAGCCAUGGCAGUGAUCAUGAGCCUGCUGGAGACCGACACAAACUUGGGAGAAACCGUAGACUUUGAAGAGAUGCACUGGUCCUUAUAGAACCUGCUCUUGGGAAACAGGAAUGCUAACUCCAAAAAAGAAGCAUUUAGGGUCUUUUAUUUUAUUUCCCCCCCCAAGACUUAAUUUAUUAGUUCUUCCCUUUCAUGACAAGCUGCACAUUUUCUGAGUAACUACAAGAUUCGUACUGGUGAUGACCUUCUCAGAUUAAGGUUGUGCCUCUGGAGCCUUGCAGCAGUUUCACACCAAUUCUAAGAAGCUCAGAAAAUAUUGAAAUUCACAUCUUUACAUCCUGGUUUUUGAGGAAAACAAAAUUUUGGAAAAGGAAAAAAAACAAAGCAAAUCACCGAGCUGAUGCUUCUGUACAGUUAUUACAAAACGUCAUGAGGAAUACAGCCUGCCACCUCUCUGUAAAGCCUCAGGAUAUAAACAUUAGGAUGGAGUCCAGCGCAGCAGGCGGAGCCUCUAACCUCCACCUUCGGGAGUGGACUCAGAUAUGGGUGCUUGGAAGGUUUCUCUGUCAGUAUCUGAACAUUUGUCAUGGCAGCAGUCCUGUAAAGCUCUUCUUUUCUACACUGUUUUAAAUAUGCUGUAUUUGUUUGGGGUUAAUGAGGGCAAACGUCACUUUUUUAGACCAUAUGUGUCUUAAAGGGACAGUUUGCAAAGGAGACCCCAGUCUUUAAUAACUGUUGAAUCAGACAUGCAGCAGCUGGGCAAACAUUUGUCCUCAUAAAUUCAGUGGAUCAACAUCAUGCUAAGCAAAAAAAUAAGUAAAAAAAAACAUUUCAAAAUGGUGACUAUGAGGUUUGGUAGCAACAGCUAAAUGAGUCACUUUCCGUUUUAUCAGUCUGUGUUUAAAGUUAUUGAUGAUAGAAGAGAUAACUCAGGGAGUUAUCCAGUUUAAGGAUUUCCAGACUUCCCUGCUUUCUGUGUAUUUUUGCCCUCCGUUUACCAGUUCACCUGUGUCUUCUCAUGCAUUAUCAGCUUUAUAGUUUAGCCCAAGGUGUUUUUUUUGUUUUUUUUCUAUUUUCAUGUACAUUUAUGCACUGAUACCUUUCUGAAGACGUGUUAAUAUUACCUGUGCUUACUGGGCGUGUGCUGUGUUGUCACUUAAAGCUGCUGUCUGUAGAUUACAUACAUUCUCUGCUAGCAUUAAUGACUUAUUAUUAUAGAUUUUGUUUUAGCCGUUUUUUUUGUUUUUUUGCGUCGAUUAAACGACACAAUGUCAGUGAUUUUUACAGCAAGAACUUGGUACAGAUGGUUGAAUUUAUCCUAUAUUUUCCAGGCUUUUAUACAUGGAUACACCCCCCAGUUAUGCUUGAAUAAAUCGCUCUUAAAAGGGUCUUAAAGAUGCCCUACAAGAAGGCCCUUGUAUAAUUGUGACUGCAUGAUGAAGCACUGUAGUCCAUUGCAACAGUAAAGCUUGUCUGAAACGGUUAUUUUGCUGCCUUGAACGUGGCUGACGCUGCUUCCUUUUCCUCGUGUCAUCCUUGCAGAAAGGAUUGAAUCUUAGCCAACUUACCAUGUUAAAUAAUUGCCAGUACUUUUGGUAGUUUAUGUUCGAUUUUAACAGGGCUGAUGUUUGGGGCCGUCCCAAUAGCUUUGCGAUAAUUUCCAACUCACUUUCAACCAUCAAGCUGUUGAUUGACCAAGCUGAAGAGUUGGGUAGGGUCCUUUUUUUAUUUUCUCAAUUUUGUGAAAUACUACAGUAUUACUGAUAGUAAAACAGACCCUUAGCCUGCUGCAGCCACUACCAUGCUUCCCAGAGCCUCACCUUGGAUUUCCUCAGAACGUAUAGAAUGGAAUGAAUCCAAUCAAAAGAAGCUGCAAAUUAUGAUACUGUUUAGCUUUUAUUCUUCCUAAGCGUCUAUUUUUUAUUUUAUUUUUUUUACCCCAAGUUGAAGCGUUUGACUCUUGUUUUUCCACACAGCAGGACUGAGUUCUCGAAGCUUUCUUUACAAUUCCUGAUUGGUCUCCUUAAAGCCUGAUCCUCGCCGCUCUGUUAAAUGUUUCUGGACUUUUCUUAAAAGCUGGAUCUGUGUUAAGAAAACCAACGACAAUCACUGAACCCUGUAAAUUCUGCCAAGAGGAGCAGAAGAAAUAUCCGCUCUGAAUUAGGCCAUGGUCUUGUUGGUAGCUACAGACAAUUGGUGGGUCCGGUUCAACUCGUGAAACGACAUUUUAGCCACAUAGCAGUCGGUUUAUUUUUAAGCUGUAUUAAUCAAAACCAAACAGCUUCUCUUUAAAGCUAAUUGAAUCUUUUUGUUCUAAGAUGUUUCCACACUGGUUAAAAGAGGGUCCAAAUGGAUCAUGAAGAGCCUCAGAAAUAAUUUUUACAUUAUUUGUGAUGGGUGUAUGUAAGCUUCAAAGUCCAUCUGGGUAAUAAUUAAGGGGCUGCUAUGCAGAGCAUUCCAUAGAUUUACAUAUUUCUCUGUAGUUCUCUUUGUAUAAAGGUUCAUGCAUGCAACCUUCAUUUUAAAACUUGGGAGUUCCUGAACCUUCCUUAAUCCUGUUGCCAUUACCUCAUGUAGAGUUGAGACUUCCUGUUGCUUAGAAUUGCACAUUUAUCUCUCUGAGAGAAAAGUAAUAGCCAUUAAUAAUAUGCUUUGUUGGUGAUCUAUUGCUUUGACUUUAAAUGUUGUUGUGAAAUCACCAAAGCACGUUAAAGAUUUGACGCACAGUCACAUUUUCCCUUAAAAUUGACCUACUUCCUGGUAUUUGUAGCCUCAUUGAAAGAAUCGGGUGUAUCGGUUGUUUUAUAAAACAUGUUCUCUAAACGUUUAAUGCCAAACUAUAGAGGAGUUUAAUUUGCUGUCUGGUAUAAUUUGCCUUUAAUACAUUUAUUUUGAAGAUAAAUUUGCUAAAUGCUGCAGAUACAACGUUUUUUUUUUUUUUUGGGUCAAAUUGUUUCGGUCUAUCUAACGAUGAAUUAUUGGAGACUUCCAUCGAUUAAUUAUUUGGGAUAUUCUGUAUUUUUUAUUGACGGUAUCUUGGGCCACGAUCUAGCAAUUUCUUGAGGACUGUUAAUGUUUAAUUUUUCCAGUAAUGGCUCCUGUUUUGUUGAUACAAUGUGUGAAUCAUGAAGUAUACCUUCUGUCAUGUUAAGCUUGAAUUUUGAGGAGCCGGUCGAAGCAGCAGCUCAACUCACAGGGGACCGUCCCACCUGUGUCCGAAGUGCCUUUGGACAUUUCUGCUCGGACACGCAUUGAAACCUGCUUUUUUCUUUGACUCCUCUGCAGACUAAACGGAGAGCUAAAAUGUAUUUCAUUGGAUUAACUUGAAGCUCCAUGGGCUGCUGUGCUCAUCAUGGAGGGAUACUUCUGCACAGAUUGGAGCAGAGGCUGCACACCAUUGCUUCAACACUCACUACCUAACCAAACAUGCAGCCCUUAGGAGUCAUGCCAUGGAUGUAGGGGGGUCUUUUUUUUUUUUGGUUAAAGGGCAAAAAUUAAUUUUGUCGUAAAGCCGUUUGGUGUCGUUACUGUGCUGCUCCCUCCAUCUCCCCUCUGUUGUUGCUGUCGUUUCCCCACAUAGAUAAUAUAUUGCUCUCAUAUCAGCUUGUUUUGCUGUGCAGGAGUGAUUGAACUUUUCAGUUUAGCUUUGUCUCAAUUUGAAAUAAAGUGUAGUUUUUGUAAGCAA